AUGCCCAAGGUGCUCAAGGCGCUCGCUACAGCCACAUCCGUUAAGCUCAGCUCUCUUUACCACGGCUCCGCGCCAGAAGAGAGCCUUAUGGAAGCUUAUUGCAGUCUGGCGCUCACGCUCUUUGAAGAUGCCGAAUUACUCAAGAACGGGGAUGUGCGCGCGCCGCUCGUGCAAAUCGUGGCGCAGUGCGCCGUGAAGCAGGGGUACCUGGUGCAGGUGGUAUCUGGGCUGCUGCAUCUGCUGCACCACCAGAAGCACUCCCCCGAUAUAGUCACGGACGUGGUGGUGUACGCGGAUGAGCAGCUGGGGCAGGCGAGCCUGGCUGCGGCGGUUCUGCAGGACGUGGGGAGGACGGGGCUGAAGGAGUACAGCCGCGCCAACAGCGGCGUGCACGAGGUGGCGGAGUUCCUCGUCGCCCUCGCCAACAAGCAGCCCCGCCUGCUCGCCGCGUCCCUGCCGCUGCUCGUCCCGCACCUUGAGCACGGGGAGUCCGCCGUGCUGCGCUGCGCCAUCGUCACCGCCAUCAGCCGCCUCCUCGCGCGCCUCUACUCCGCCGACGCUGGCGGAGCGGUGCCCCCGGCAGGAGACGGGGGCGCGGAAGGGGAAGGAGCGGAAGGGGACGAGGACGGGGAGGGCGGAAGGGAUUCCGCGGGUGGCGCGGAGGAGGAAGGCCCCGCGGCGAGGGGCGCGAUGCGCGCGCGGCUGCAGCGGCUGCGGAGCAAGCAGGGGCUGCUGGCGGUGCUGAUGGAGCGCGCGCGCGACCAGUCCGCGCACGUGCGCAGCCGCGUGAUGCAGGCGUGGGCGUGGCUGUGCGGGGAGAAGGCGGUGCCGCUGGGGCACUGGAACGCGGUGGCGGAGCUGGCGGUGGGGCGGUUGGAGGACAAGUCGUCGCUAGUCAGGAAGAAUGCGUUGCAGCUCCUGGGCGAGAUGCUUCACCAGAACCCGUUCGGCCCGAGUUUGCGAGUGGCGCCCUUCGAGGUCACCCUGGAGAAGGCGCGCGUCGAGCUGGCAGCCAUGGAGGAGAGCCGCCGGCGCGCCGAGCAGCAGGAGGCCAGGGAAGGAGGCGAGGGUGACGGUGAUGGAGAGGGUGAGGGCGAGGGGAUGGAGGGUGCAGGAAAUGAAGGGGCAGGAGCAGCGGCUGCAGCGGUGGAAGUGGGGGUGGUGGGGGAAUCCGAAGGAGGUGUGGGUGAUGAUAGCUGGGUGGACUCCCAGGCCACCCAGGGAGAUGGGGAGGGACACGGAGAGGGAGGCAAGGCAGGAGGCGCAGCUGGUGGUGCUGCAGAGGGGCUUCCAGACGGAGCUGCUGGGGCAGCUGGCGCGGCAGGUGGAGCAGGCGCAGCAGGGGCAGCUGGCGCGGGGGGGAAGGCGGUGCUGGGGCGGUCGUUCGGGGUGGAGCAGACGCGCACGCUGGUGGCGUCGCUGAGCGCGGGGCUGCAGUUCUGCCGCCUGCUGGCCGCCGUCACGGGCGCGCUGGCGGCGCUGCUGGGGUCGAGCGCCGUGUCGGACGUGGAGGGCGCCAUCCUGCUGCUCACGGCGCUGCAGCACUUCCGCGUGGAUGGGGCGAGCGAGCGACUCAAGAAAAUUCUGCCGCUGUGGGAAGAAGAGGAAGAGGGGAGGGCAUUUGAAAGGGUGCUGGCGGCGCUGCUGGGGUCGAGCGCCGUGUCGGACGUGGAGGGCGCCAUCCUGCUGCUCACGGCGCUGCAGCACUUCCGCGUGGAUGGGGCGAGCGAGCGACUCAAGAAAAUUCUGCCGCUGUGGGAAGAAGAGGAAGAGGGGAGGGCAUUUGAAAGGGUGCUGGCGGCGCUGCUGGGGUCGAGCGCCGUGUCGGACGUGGAGGGCGCCAUCCUGCUGCUCACGGCGCUGCAGCACUUCCGCGUGGAUGGGGCGAGCGAGCGACUCAAAAACUGCCUCUGCUCGGUAGUGCGAGCAGCAGUGGAGGCGGCAGAGUUGGAGCUGCACGUGACACAAGCCUCACUCCUUCCUUUCCCACCUUCUUUUCCCUUCCUCAACACCUUCCUUUCCCCUUCCCUCUCAGCAGUGCGAGCAGCGGUGGAGGCGGCAGUGCUGGAGCUGCACGUGAAGGGGCGCUCAUCGCAGCAGGCAGCGCGCAGCCUCGUGGCUCUCACGCACGGCGCCUCCUCUGGCGACCUGGCGGCGCUGGAAGUGCUGGUGGGCACGUUCGUGCAUAACGGAGACGUCACCAUGCAGAUGGUGACCAUCUUAUGGGACAUCUUCACUUUCAACCUGCCCGGAGCCACGUCAGCAGAGAGCACAGGCGCGCUGAUCCUCCUCUCCAUGGCCGCAAAAACCCGCCCGGAAAUCCUCAACCACCAUCUGAGCGCGCUCCUCGCCAUAGGCCUAGGCAGGCGGGCUCAGAGCGACCCUCUCCUUGCUCUCUACACCUGUAUCGCCCUGCAAAGGGUUUCUGCGGAGGUUCGGGAGGAAAUGGGGGCAGGGCACCGGGUAUUUGCGCUGCUGGAGGGGGUUAUUUCAGGCAGCUCGCUGGAUCUGCCCGAACGGGCGAGGUAUGGGGUGAUAGAGCAGGCGGUGAGGGCGGUUUAUGUGCUGCAUCCUGCACCGGAGAGGUACUGUGGCGUGCUGCUGAAGAAGCUUGUAAAGGGGAUGUUUGGACAUGGUGCCGUUCUGGUGGGUGGAGGGGGGAAUAGUGCUGGAGGAGAGGAGGGUGAAAGGAGGGAGGGUAGUUGCGUGAGUGGUGUUGUGGAUGGUAGUGGGGAGGCUGGAAGCGAGGACAAAGAUGGUACAGGAGGAACGAGUGGGGAGGAAGGAGUGACAAGCAACAAUGAGAAUGGCAAGGAUGCUGAUGCUGAAGGUCUGGGCACUAGUGCAAGUGGUGCUGAUGGGGAUGACAGUGCUGGUGUCCCUGAUGAAGCUCCAGCCGCCGCUGCUGCCGCUGCUGCUACAGCUACAGCUGCAGGUGGGGGUGAGAGAGGCUUUGAGAUGUCCCUUAGAAGAUUCGAUGCUGCAAAGCUCUCAACUUUCGUUUUUGUGACCGGGCAGGCGGCCCUAGAGCACCUGGUCCACGUGGAGAGGCUUGUGCGCCGCAUCCGGGCGGCCCGGGCAGCAAAGGAAAAAGCAGAGGCUGAAGCGGCUGCCGAAGCCAUGGAGGCCAGCCUGACCGGGAAAAAGCCAAAGGCAGGCAGGAAGAGCACUGGCCGGAAGAGUACAGUCUCUGGGGCAGGGAAGAGGAGAAGCGUCGCUGCCACCCCUGCAACGCACGAAUACGAGAGUGAGGAGGAGGAGGCGGGAGAGGAGAGUGUGGAUGUGAGGGAGGAGGAAGAGGGGCUAGCAGGUGAUGGAGGGGAGGGCGGGGGAAGGGAGGAUAAGAUGGGGGAGGAGCUUGGGACGGCAGUGACAGCAGAGGCGCAGCUAGAGGCGCUGCAGGAGCAGGUGGAGGGGGAGAUAGUGGCCAUGGAAAAGGGGCUGGAGAGGAGGCGGGGCGAGGGGAGGGAGUACCUGGUGGGGCGGGUAGCGUGGUUCGUCUCGGCGCUGUGCAGGCGGCCUCAGGCGUUUGCGGCGAGUCAGGGCGUGUAUGUGUGCGCUGUGCUCUCAUUGUCGAAGCUCAUGGCCAUCGACAGCCACUUCUGCGAGUCCCACCUGCAGCUGCUCUUCACACUCCUCCGCACCCAUCCGCACCCCUCUGUGCGCGCCAACGCCAUGGUGGCCCUGGGAGACCUGGCUCUGCGCUGCCCCAACCUGCUGCAGCCGUGGACGCCCCACGCGUACACUGCUCUCAGCGAUGGGGAUGCCUUUGUGAGGCGGCAGGCGCUGCUGGUCCUCUCCCACCUCAUUCUCAACGACAUGAUGAAGGUGAAGGGCCACAUCAGCAGCCUGGCGGUGUGUCUGGAGGACCCUGAGCCGCGCAACGCUGACCUCGCCCGUCUUUUCUUCCACGAGCUCUCCAAAAAGGGCUCCUCUCUGGUCUACAACCUAUUGCCGGACAUGCUGAGCCACAUGGCGGUGAACCCGCGUCUCUCAGAGCCCUCGUUGCACGCCAUCCUGCGCUUCCUCAUCGCCUUCAUAGACAAGGACAAGCAGCGCGAGGGGCUCAUCGACAAGCUCUGCCACCGCUUCACCAACGCCCACCCCGCAUCCUCCUCGGCUGCUGCUGCUGCUGCUGCUUCUCCCAAUCGCGGUGCACGGAGGCUGAUGGACAACUACAAGGACAUGAAGGACGCUCUUGGGGACGCUGCUGUGCUGGAGUACCUUAAGACUGCCACUGGCAAGGACAUGAAGGACGCCCUGGGGGACGUCGUCGUGCUGGAGUACCUCAAGACCGCCACUGGCAAG